AUGUCCACGUGUGGUGAAGUUCCACGCGAGGAUUAUUCCGAUUUUGUGCCAAGUUCCCUACUAUAUGCACAGCCUUGCAAACCCAUAAUGAUUGGACAUUUCAACAGCCUCUUCAUACCUAUCAUUUACUCCAUUGUGCUAUUGCUGGGAGUGUUUGGGAAUGGGAUGUUGAUCUUCAUUAUUGCCCGAUAUAAACACUCCCGAACCCUCAUGGACACCUUCAUUUUUCACUUGGCUGUGGCAGAUUUCCUCCUGGUUCUCACGCUCCCGUUCUGGAUGACGGAGGCGAUCAGCGGCUGGGUCUUUGGCAGCGCCAUGUGCAAAAUAACCGGCGGCAUCUUCGCCCUCAACCUGUACAGCAGCAUCCUCUUCCUGGUGUGCAUCAGCUUCGACCGCUACAUGGCCAUCAUCCAUGCCAUCCACAUACACCGGAAACGCAAGCCCAUGUACAUCCACAGUGCCUGCCUCAUCGUCUGGGCCUCCUGUGUCCUCCUGGCGGUCAUUGACCUGAUUUUUCGCGACGUUUACGAGCCCAGCUAUUUGGACCUGAAAGCCUGCACGUACUUGUUUGGGGCGGAGAACGCGGAGAGCUGGAAGCUGGCUUUGCGGCUGGUGCACCACUGCCUGGGCUUCUUCUUGCCAGUGGCGGCCAUGUUGUAUUGCUACUGCAUGAUCUUCAGGACCCUGUGGCACACCAGCAUAUUCAAGAGGCAGAAGUCCCUGAAGGUGAUCGUCGCCAUCGUGGUGGUCUUUGUCGCUUGCUGGCUGCCGUACAACGCCGUGCUCUUUGUCGACACCCUCCAGUCGUUGGGCGCCAUCGAAACCCACUGUGCCAUGUUGAAUAUCCUGGACAUCAGCCGCACCAUCACCCAGAGCCUCGGGCUGGUCCACUCCUGCCUAAACCCUCUGCUUUAUGCCUUCAUCGGCGUCAAAUUCCGCAGGGAGAUGCUGAGCGUCUUGGCGGACAUUGGCUCCCUGAAGGUGCCCAGACUGAUCAGCCGCCAGAGUAGCAGAGAGGGAGGGACCUCCUCGGAGCUCUGAGCGACCCCGUUUCCCAGCUUUCGGGAAUUGAGGCCUCCGCCUCCUGCCGGCUUCUACCUCAGUGAGCCCCGUCCCGCUGAUCAACAAAACCUCUGCUCAAGCCUUCACGUUUCGCCCUCCGUCAACCUCAGCUUGUCCAAACCUGACCCUCACCGAACCCCAUUUACCCAUCAUCUCCACCCCCCCCGCCAUCGUCAUUCCCUGACCUACAUUGGCUCCCGGACUGGCAACGCCUCCAUUUUAAAAUUCUCGAGUCCCUUCCCUAUCUCUGUAGCCACCUCCAGCCCCGACACCCAUCCCUAAAUAUGUAAAAUCCUCCAACCCUUACAACUCUCCCUAUUUCUGUAACCUCCUCCAGCCCUACAACCCUCCAUAACUCCAUAACCUCCUCCAGCCUCUACAACCCUCCUGACCUCUGUAACCUCCUUCAGCCCCA